GUGGAUUUCUGGAGGUUUGCUCGCGCUCUCAAAAAGCUCUUUAAGAUGCAAAACAGUAACAAUGUAGCAACCGCGACAGGAUCGACACGCGGUAAACUCCAGAUGCUGCGCGUGAAGGAUCGAUUCAUUUAAAAGCAGGUCAUGGAGCCGAGCCUUCCUUCUUUCAUCCUUUUCAUCCUGAUUGGCUGCGUUUUAACCUCUUUUGAUAACCGCCACCACAAUGUCACCCACCAGUAUGACUACUGCGUGCUUGGUGCUGGUCCUGCAGGACUACAGAUGGGAUAUUUCCUCUCCAAGGCUGGAAGAAACUACAUCGUCUUGGAGAGGAACUCGGGACCUGGCAGCUUCUUCAACAAGUAUCCCAGGCACAGGAAGCUCAUCAGCAUCAAUAAGAUCCACACAGGAAAGGGGAAUCGAGAGUUCAACCUGCGCCACGACUGGAACUCGCUGCUGAGUGAUAAACCGGACCUCCUCUUCAAGAGGGUCAGCAGUGAGUUUUACCCGCCUGCUGACGCCUUCCCUCGCUACCUGUCCAUGUUUGUGAAGGAGCUCGGAUUGAGGGUACAGUACGGUGUGGACAUUGGGAGGAUCAGGGCGGUGCAGUCAGCCACAGGAAGGCGCUACAUCCUCACUGAUCAACGUGCAUCAGACUACACAUGCAGUGUCCUUCUGGUAGCCACAGGUUUGUGGGUUCCUCACAUGGUAGACUUUGUUGGUUCUGACCUGGUUGAGGGUUAUGAGUCCAUCUCCACUAACCCUGAGGACUACAAGGACCAGGCUGUGCUCAUUCUGGGAAAGGGAAACUCUGCUUUUGAAACAGCCCAGAGCAUCUUGGGAAGAGCCAGCCGGGUGCACAUGCUCAGUUCCAGCCCUGUUCGACUGGCCUGGCAAACGCAUUAUGUGGGCGAUCUCAGAGCUCUGAAUAAUGAGCUAAUAGACACAUACCAGCUGAAGUCCCUCGAUGGGCUGGCGGAGGCACGACUGGAGAAGAUAGUUAUCGCUCAGCGAAGGGAGGAAGGCAGGAGGAGAUCAGGAGGAAAGAAGAGAGAGCUGUAUCUCACAUUAAAUAAGUACAUGCACAGUAGCAAAGGGAAGAACAGUUCUGGUGUGACACACGAAGAAUUGCCGGGGCAUCACAUCGACAACUUCCCCAUGCGAAAACCCUACGAUCGAGUCAUCCGAUGCCUCGGAUUCCGAUUCAACUUCAGCAUAUUUGACAGCUCUGCCUGCCCACCGAACAGUGAAAAUGCCAAAGGGAGGUUGCCGGGGCUCACGCCCUGGUAUGAAGGGAAGAACACCCCCGGUUUGUUCGUGCUGGGAACUGCGUCUCACUCCAGAGACUACCGCUCAUCUGCUGGCGGCUUUGUACAUGGAUUCCGUUACACAGCACGAGCUGUACACCGUGUGCUUGAACAUCGUUACCACAAGAACCCGUGGCCAUCGACAACACUGUUGACAACACAGUUGCAGUCCUGGAUUCUGAAGCGGGUCAACGAGGCCUCGGGGCCAUACCAAAUGUUUGAGGUGCUUGGAGAUGUCAUACUUCUUCGAGGUUCUCACUGUGAAUACUUGGAAGAGUUUCCACUGCAGGCCCUGCCUCAGCUCUCCUCUCUUUCUGGCCACGAGGUCUCCAUGCAUGGACUGAUAGUUGUGGUCAUGCAGUAUGGGAAGAAGAACAUAGACUAUCUGGGGCGCCGCAGGGCAGAAACGGAGUGGACUAAAGCUUGGAAAUCCAACUUUCUUCACCCAGUUUUGUACUACUAUAAAACACUUCCUACUGAGGAAGAAAUUAAUCUACGUCCCAAAGGCUGGGCUUUACCACGACCCGAGGCCAUUCAUCACGUGGUGGAAGACUUCCUCACAGAAUGGGACGCUCCCAUAUCUCACAUCCAGCCACUGCGACGCUUCCUGGAACACUGUCUCCAGACUGACCUCAGGGCCUUCUAUGCAGAAUCCUGUUUCCGCUCAUCCCUCACCCACCGCACUCCACCGCUGUUUUGUCAGCAGGGGUACCUGAAGCAGCGGGGAAUCCCUCGCAACAGCCGGCUGCAACAGCGCGUUCAUGACACUGGACCGAUGUGUGCAGCCCAAGAUGCAGGCACAUCAAGUGCUGACUCAACAUUCCCAAAUUACCUGUUACCAGCUGGAGCAUCCGUGUCUUCUGGACUGAAACUUGACCUCUGAUUGUAUUACUUAAGCAUGCUACACCUGUAAGAUGCUCAGAAUUGCUACCUCCAGCACCGACAGUCAUUACCUCCGCAAGACCAAAUUGUUUUGGACAGAAUGCCAUCCUACAGAUCUGUGGUUCCCAACCUGGUUUCCUGCUUGAAAGAAUGCAUUUCUUCUCACUAGCAGUGGUUACUAGAUAUAGAUUUCUGCUGCUUGAUUAUUUCCACCAAAGACUGAUUCUUCUUUCUUUGGCUUCAUAGUUUUUGAGUAAAGCAAAGAACUGCAACUAUCCUUUAUAUAUAAGAAAUACACUAUAUUGCCAAAAGUGUUCACGCGUCUGCCUUCACACGGAUAUGAACUUGGCUGGCAUCCCAUUUUUAAUCCAUAUGGUUUAAUAUGAUGUCAGCCCACCCAGCUUUAACUCUUCUGAGAAGGCUUCCCACAAGGUUCAGGAGUGUUUAUGGGAAUUUUUGACCAUUCUUCUAGAAGUGAAUUUGUGAGGUCAGACACUGAUGUUCACAGUAAUAAUUCAUCCCAAAGGUGUUCUGUCGGGUUGAGGUCAGGACUCUGAGCA